CCUCUCCAUCAGUUGGGUUCAGAGCCGCCCUGCAUACUCUGUUUCUCCCCUGUUUCACUAGCUAGAGGUCUUUCAAUUCCCCAAGGCAUCAUGAGUCGCAGAAACGGAGGCGGUCCAAAGCUUGAUCUGAAGCUCAACCUUUCCCCACCAAGGCACAACCCUAUGGCUGAGUCCCCGGGACGAUCAUCCACCAUGUCACCAACGUCCCCACCGAGCUCAUGCGUGUCGUCGGAGCUGACUCAGGAUGACAACAACAAUAUGAGGUACUCCAACAGCCCCGAGGCAACUUCCAUGGUGCUGGUGGGGUGCCCCAGGUGUCUCAUGUACGUCAUGCUAUCCGAGGACGACCCGAAAUGCCCCAAAUGCAAGAGCACUGUUCUGCUGGACUUCCUCCAUGAGAACAACACCACCAUGAAGACAAGGAAGAGCUAAAGGAGCUUGAGAGAGAGCUAGAGUAGCCUUGUGAUGAUGGGGAAACCCGUUUUUGCUAUUUCUGCAAGUUUAGUAGGGGGACUUAAUAUUAGGAGGCUCUUUCUUUCUUUCUUUUCUUUGUUUCUAUUUUCCCAACCCUUUUUCCCCUUUUGGGGGUUUUGCUAUUUCCGCUCCAUUUUUAGCUGCAUCGAAUCCCCACUAUUUAGAGUGGGGAUUAGCUUUGAUCAGUGUCAGUCAGCAAAGGAAGAAAGAAAAAAAGAGAAUGGAGCAUGAAUAGCACUACCUGUUUGGUUUUAUCUUUUGCUAAUCAUAGGCAUUAGGUUAUGGAAUGAUGGGCAAUUUGGGGGAUUUCUGCAGCUUUUCUUAGCAGUUUAGCAGAAGACUUUGUAAACCGGUGAUUAACUGUAACUGCCCAAAAAUUUCUUGGUAUCUAAAAUGUUAGGUUAUUUUGC